AUGCUGAUUGAUUCUGGGCCAUUGGAUCUUGAUGAUCUGCAGUGUGGUCCAAAAUAUGGAUUGCAGUGUAGCAUAGAUUUGGUGACUGACAUGAUUUUGAUGAAUACUCACAACAAAAUCAAGGCUAUACCAUGGUUGGGGAUAGUGUUCUUUCUAUUCACGUUGAUCAAAUCUCAAGCUAUUAAUAACCCAUUACUCAGUGUUGCUUUCAUCACUGAUGCUGCAGCAAAGGGGGCUCGGUGGAGUGGAGCAUGGUGUGACACAGUGGAUAAUUGCCUCCAACGAUCCAAGGACCCAUUAGGAUCCAACAUAAAUGCAGGGCCUAAAGGAUUUUCAUUGCCUAUCCUAAGGGCAAAUAAAACUAUUAAUCCAGACUUUUACAACUGGAAUAAUGUUUUAAUCCUAUACCGUGAUGGUGCAUCGUUUAUGGCAGAUAUCGAUUUCAUCAAUCCGGAAACGAAACUCUACAUCAGAGGUAGGAGAAUCUUCACCUCUGCAAUUGAAGAACUCAUGGCUACCAAAGGCAUGGCAAAUGCUGCUAAUGCUUUACUCGCUGGAGACUCGGCUGGUAGGUUGGCAACAAUGUUAAAUUGUGACCGUUUCCGAUCUUAUCUCCCCAAUGCUUGCCGAGUCAAAUGCUACACAGACUCCGGCUUCUUCAUACGAGCGAUAAAUCUCGGAGCUCGGGCCACAGACUAUUCUGUCCGCAUUGUAACCCUUCAUGAAUUAGCUGACUAUUUACCAAAGUCUUGCACACAGAGACUAGGUGCAGGAUUGUGUUUUUUUCCAGAAAAUGUGGUGGACGAUAUCCAGACACCAUUGUUCGUAGUGAAUUUUGACUUUGAUACAUAUCAAGAUUGA